ACGACCGCCCAAGCCAAAGCCAGCAGCUCCAGCCAUAAAGCCAUCUCUGUCUCUCGAGCUCUCGCUCUCUGCCACUCGCUCACUGGUUCCAGAUCUUGAGACUCGUCCCGGCCGGCGCGGUGUAUCCGGAACGGAACCGUUAGCAAUGGCAACAAGGGAUCCGAGGUUUUCGCUGCCACUGGCGUGGUGGUGGGUGCUCCUCCUGGCGGCGGCGGCGAAGCUCGCCGGCGCAGAUGACCCGUACCGCUACUUCGACUGGACUGUUACCUAUGGCCCCAUCAACCCGCUCGGCACCACCCAGCAGGGCAUCCUGAUCAACGGGCAGUUCCCGGGCCCUCGCAUCGACUGCGUCACCAACGACAACCUCAUCGUCAACGUCGUUAACAACCUCGACGAGCCAUUCCUCAUCACAUGGAACGGGAUCAAGCAGCGGAAGAACUCAUGGCAGGACGGCGUGGCGGGCACCAACUGCCCCAUCCCGCCGGGCGCCAACUACACCUACAAGUUCCAGGCCAAGGACCAGAUCGGAACCUUCACCUACUUCCCCUCCGUCGCGCUGCACCGAUCCGCUGGUGGCUUCGGCGCCCUCAACGUCUACCAGCGCCCCGCCAUCCCCGUCCCCUACCCGGCCCCCGACGGCGACUUCACCCUCCUCGUUGGUGACUGGUACCUCGCCGGCCACGACCAGCUCAGGCAGACACUCGACUCCGGCGCGCCGCUCCCGUUCCCGGACGCGCUGCUCGUCAACGGCAUGCCGUCCGACAUCUUCGUCGGCGACCAAGGCAGGACAUAUCUGUUCAGGGUGUCCAAUGUCGGGAUGAAGACGUCCAUCAACUUCAGGAUCCAGGGCCAUUCUCUGAGGCUGGCGGAGGUGGAAGGCACGCACCCAGUGCAGAACGUCUACGACUCCCUCGACGUCCACGUCGGCCAGUCAGUGGCGUUCCUCGUCACCCUCGACCAGCCGCCAAUGGACUACGCCGUCGUGGCAUCGACACGGUUCAACCCGGAUAGCACCAGCGCGCUGACGUCCGUCGGGACGCUGCAUUACAGCAGCGCCACCUCCAGGGCGCCCGGCCCGCUCCCGGAGGGGCCACCGGAGACAGCAGACUGGUCCAUGAACCAGGCAAGGUCGUUCCGGUGGAACCUGACGGCCAGCGCCGCUCGGCCCAACCCACAGGGGUCGUUCCACUACGGCACGAUCCAGACGUCGAGGACCCUGGUGUUCGCCAGCUCACCGCCAGUGGUCGUCGCCGGGCAGAAUCGGUACGCGGUGAACGGCAUCUCCUUCGUUGUUCCCGACACGCCUCUCAAGCUCGUGGACACCUACAACAUCGCAAACGUGAUUGGCUGGGACAGCGUCCCGCCGAGGCCCGACGGCGGGGCGCCCCAGUUGGGGACGCCGGUGGUCAGGCUCAACCUGCACGAGUUUGUCGAGGUCGUGUUCCAGAACACCGAGAACGAGAUGCAGUCCUGGCAUCUUGAUGGAUACGAUUUCUGGGCUGUCGGGUACGGCAACGGCCAGUGGACUGAGAAUGAGCGGCCAAACUACAACCUAGUCGACGCUCAAGCAAGACAUACAGUUCAGGUGUACCCAAACGGAUGGUCCGCGAUCUUGGUGUCGCUGGACAAUCAAGGGAUGUGGAACCUGAGGUCGGCGAACUGGGAUCGGCAGUACCUCGGCCAGCAGCUGUAUCUGAGGGUCUGGACGCCGGAGCAGAGCUUCUCCAAUGAAUACAGCAUCCCAACGAACGCCAUACUCUGCGGGAAAGCUGCUGAGUAUGCACACUGAGGAAGAACAACAAUAAGUCUAUACUACUAUAUUAUAUAUAGCUGAACUGAAGAUCAUAAUUACGAUUUUCCGGAAAUAUGUACUCUGCCUAAAAACUGAUGUACUACCAUUCUUUGAUGAUGUCAGUAUUUCACCUCCUUAUG